CGUCUAGAUUUCUGAACAUUUUUCUGUGUUAAUUGGAUUUCUAGGACUGUCUAAAUGGAACUAUGAUAGGAGAUAGAGGCCUAUGUACGGCCAAAAUAGAGUUUGUAAAUUUUUCUGGUUGGUCUCAAUUGGGAUGAUCAUGGUUAGAAUGAAGCAUGGUGGAUUGAAUAUAUUAGAAUGAAGUAUAGGAAAUAAAUGAUUUGUACUCAAGAUUUAGUUUUUAGAAUGAGCAUUGAAAAAUAAUGGAGGCUAAUGGAUUAUUAUUCAAGGAAGAGUGAACCGGUGAUUUCUAAUCAAGAUUUGAGUUUUAGAAUGGUCGGUUGAUGAUCGCUAGAACACAAGUUUGACGUAUUUUGAAGUUCCAUAUAUUUGGUUGUAACAGAACAAGCAUACCCUUUUCUUAACCGCCAAGGGAUUAUUUUGGGUUUCUUUGCAUUCUAAGACUGUGAAAUAUAACUUCACUGGCACUUUUCCUGUCACCGAUGAAAACAUUCUGGGGGAUAUACAAGCUUAAAUCUACCCAGGAGUAUUCAGGACUUCCAUAUGUCUGUACCUUGUUCAACUGCUGUCUUUGGCUACUCUACGGAGCUCCAUUUGUUAAACCUCACAGCAUUUUGCUUCUCACGAUCAAUGGUGCAGGCUUUGUUUUGGAGAUAUUUUAUCUUUUGUCCUUUCUGACAUUUGCCCUCAAGCAGAAGAAGGUAAAAACUACCCGGUUGGCCAUUGCAAUGACGGUGGCUUUUGUCAUGGUGGUUGUGGUUACUAUUUAUGCGCUGCACACAUACAAUGUCAGACAGUUACUUGUUGGCACUCUAGGUGUCAUCCUUUCCAUUGUUAUGUAUGCCUCCCCAUUAUCUGUAGUGGGAGAUGUUAUCAGAACCAAAAGUGUUAAGUACAUGCCAUUUUUAGUCUCACUAUUCACUACUCUAAAUGCGCUUGUCUGGUCUGCAUAUUCUGUAAUCGCCAAGGACAUCUUUAUAGCUGUGCCCAAUGGUAUUGGUUUCCUUUUAGGAGUAAUUCAGCUCGUUGUUUACCUCAUUUACAGAAGCUCAGAGCCUGUUUUACCUGUAUCUACUGAGCUUCAAAAACUUCCUGAAAUAAAAAUGAUAGAUGAUGCAUUUGAUCUUCCCAUCCAUAUACUAGAGGUUGACACCUCAAAUAUUGUCAAAGUGGCUGCAGCGAAUCUUGUAAUUGAUGAUCAAGUUUAAUUUCAUUCUAAUUGAUCAAUAAUUAACAAGAUCUAUACAGGGUACAGCCUCCUCAGAUAUUCAUACUCUGUUUAAUUGCAUGAGAAUCAACAGGAGGAAUAUUGAGCUAUCUAGCCUAUCGGAGAGGAAAAAUACAGAGAGAUUUUAUCCAUUAAGAACCUUGACUGUAAACUUUUAGUUCCUAUUUUUCAGAAAUGAACCAUUCCGUUGCCAGUGCAAUUCAAUAAAUUCUUCAAGUA